CCAGCUUCAGCAGAGAAGCAAAGGCACCCGAUUCUCUCAGCACUCCGACUCAGAGAACUGUGCGCUCCCUUUCAAUUCACAGUCUUGGGACAUCUCGAGAGAUGGGGACCUUGAUCAAACUCUUCACUGUGGCAUCAGCCAUCGUUCUAACGGUGCGGUGUCAAUCACAUUUCAUGGACUAUAUGGAGAGAAGGCUGUCUGCUUUUGAGCAACGAAUUGCUGUCUGGUAUGACCAGACACACAGGUACUCCACAGAAUACAGAGAAUUUAAGAACCAGAUUCUUGCUUUUGUUGAAAACUUGGAUAAAGAGAAAGAAGAGCAAAGACAGAACCUGGAAAUGGCAAAUUCCCGUAUCGAUCGCAUCGAGAGGGAGUUAGACUAUUUGGAGACAAGAAAUCCAGCACCCACCUGUCUGGAGGUAGAUGAGGGAUUUACUGACCAAGAUGCUGAAAGUGCUCAGGAAAAGAAGAAACGCAAGCUUAUGAUGGCAGGCUGUGAAGAAAUGGUCUUCAACAUCAAGGGAAUGAAAAUAGUCAAAAGGUUGGAGACGGCCUCUGGCCUGUGGAUCAGGGACCUGAUGUCAAACUCUGAGAAGGUGUAUGUGUUUGACGGCGUAAGUAACGACACAAUCUAUGAGUUCAAAAGACUGAAAGACUUCACCGAUUUUACUGGCUUGAUUAAGGCAAAGAAAAUCAAACUGCCUUACCCGUGGGCUGGUACAGGUCACAUAGUGUACAAAGGCUUCUUAUAUUACAUCCGAAGUGAGCCUCAGUUUCAAGUCAUGAAAUUUGAUCUGAAGAACCAGACAGUGUCAGACAGCGCCAUGUUCCCAGCUGAGCAACAAAUCCCGGUGUAUGGCCUCUCGCCAUUCAAUUACAUUGAUCUAGCCGUGGACGAGAAUGGCUUGUGGGCCAUAUACGCCACCAGAGAGAAUGAGAAGAACAUCUGCCUGGCCAGGUUGGACCACAAGACACUGGACAUUGAGCAGAUGUGGGACACUCCAUGUCCCAUUGAAAAUGCGGAGAAUGCCUUUGUCAUCUGUGGGACGCUUUAUGUGGUGUACAACAGCAAGCUCCGUAGCCGCUCACGUAUCCAGUGUGUGUACGAUAUCACCGACAUGGUGAAUACUGACCAGGCACCAUUGUUAUAUUUCCCCAGGCGGUAUGGGGCUCUUUCCAGCAUUAAGUACAGCCCAAGAGAGAAGCAGCUGUAUGCUUGGGAUGAUGGUUACCAAGUCAUAUACAGGCUGACAUUGAAACCAAAAUCAGAACUGUAAAACUUUGCUCCUAUAUACAAGUUUUUGGCAGGAGGACUGGGUAAUGAGACUCUCCCCAAAGGCAGUAGUGAACCAGAAUAAGGAGGAGAAAAUAACGUUAUUCUCAGAUGGUUGAUUAGCUAAAGUCAGCCAUAUCUUUAAAGAAAAAAAAUAUAAUAAAUAAUGUACAUAGCAGUGGUGAUGCAUUAUAUGUAAUGGCACAGUGAUGCAAACUGCAGUAGUCAUUCAAAAGAGGCACGGUGAAACGGGGCGGUAUUUGCUGUACACCAGAGGAAUAGGAAUGCAACAAGCACUUCUGCACAAAACCAGUUAAAAUCACAAGCACUGCAACUUCACGUGAAUAUGAAUAGGUUCUCCCAAAAAAAAGACCAGUAUUUAUACAGUGUCGUGUAUGACAUUCCACAAUUCUUCACAACUUACUGAGUAACUUGGCAGCAGUUAAUGUUGUCGUAGAGUCAUACAGUGUGGGAACAGGUUCUUCAGCCCAUCUAGUGUAGGAAAGCCCACAGCCUAUUUCACGCAACAGUAGUUGUAAAUAAAAAAUCAAAUGGAAUAUAUAUAUCUUGUGAUAGACAGCAUGGCUUUGUGAGAGGUAGGUCAUGGCCCACAAGCCUGAGUGAAUUCUAAGGUUGUGACGAAGCACAUUGAUAAAAGUGUAUAUGAAUUUUAGUAAGACAUUUGAUAAAGUUCUUCAUGGAAUCUAGGGAAGAUUGCCUGUGUGGAUUUAGAACAGGCAUUUCCAUAGAAAGCAGAGGGUGGUUGUAGGUGAGGAAUCUUCUGCGUGGAAAAAACAGGAAGACCCACCAGCAUAAUAUCCCAACUUCUAUACUCAAUGCAUUGAUUAAUGAAGGCCAAUGUGCUGAAAGCUUUUUUUUUUAUGACCCUAUCUACCUGUGAUGCCAAUUCCAAGGAUUUCUAGUUCUGUAUCCCCAGAUCCCUCUGUUCUACCAUGAUCCACUCUGCCCGACUGAGAUAGCUGGAGACUUUUUCCUGGGCAAAAAUGACUAAUACAAGGGGGCAUAAUUUUAAGGUGUUUGGAGGAAAGUAUACAGCAGAUGUCAGAUGUAACUUUUUCCGCAGAAAGUGGUGGGUGCAUGGAGACCCUGCCAGGGAUGAUGGAAGAGGCACGUACUUUAGGGACUUUAAGAAAUUCUCUGAUAGGCACAUGGAUGAUAGAAACGUGGAGAGCUAUAUAGGAGGGAGGGGUUAAAAGGCUGGUACAAUACUGUGGGUUGAAGGGAUUUUACUGUGCUGUGGUGUUCUAUGUUCUAUAGUAUAUAAGUUUUGAUUAUGAAGCUGUGGUCAGAAAAACAGGAAGAACUCCCCAACAAGAAGGGUGGAUGGGUAUCUCAGCAAAGGCUGAUGCCCACUGUGCUAUGCUCCAUGUUAUGAACUGAAAAUCAGACCAGAUUAUUCGGUUAAGUUUAUGAAGAAUGAGUUUGACCCACUGACCACUAACUCAGAGAUGAGAGUGAUAUCACUGAGACACAGUGACACUGACACCAAGGGUAGUUGCAAUCUCGUUAGCAUGAAUUUUGAAAAGAAGGACCAGUAUGAUAAUAAAAUAUCUCAGUGUAACUAUUCUAAUGAAUGUGGCGUUGAAUUCCUACUGCCUUGCGUCAUAAGCCUUACAGUAGCUUAAGUCUAUACUUCUGAAUGUUUAGUAUCAGGUGAUCUCAUGGUUCAGCUGAUGUACAAGGUCUGUCUUGUAGGCAUUAUUUUAUUUAGAGAAACAGUGCAGAAAAGGAUCUUCUGGCCUUUGAGCCAGGCUGCCAGCAACCCACCAAUUCCACCCCAGCCGAAUCACAGGGUAAUGACCAAUGAUCCUGCUAACUGUACUUCUUUGGACUGUGAGAGGAUACUGGAGCACCCAGAGGAAACUCAUGCAUUCACAGGGAGAGGGUACAAACUCCUUAGAGAUGACACCAGAAAUGAACUCCAAACUCUAACGCCUUGAGCUGUAAUAAUGUCGCACUGACCGCUACACUUACGUUGUGCCAUUCUUCACAAAAAUUCAUUCCAAACAUUGGAACACAGCACAGCAAAGCAUAUUACAGAUCCUUCAGUCCACAGUGCUGUACUGAUACUUUAGCCUACUCCAAGACGCAACAAAUCUUUUCAUCCCACAGAGGCCAGAUCUCUCCAUUUUUCAUCCAUAUGCCUAUCUAAGAGUCUUUUAAAUGCCCCUAUUGUAUCAGUCCCUACCUCCACCCCUAACAGAGCAUUGCAGACACCAUGCACUCUCUGUAUUAGAAACUUACCUCCGACAUCUCUCUCUAAACUUCCCUCCACUCACUGCCAAAAACUAGACUUCCAUUCCAUGACCAGAUCUGUACCUCAGCCAAAGCCAUGUCCAAAUGCUUCAUGAUGUAGGCCAGGCUCUUCCAUGUAUUAGAAGAUCAAUUGAGAUGCUGCAACCAGACACCCCCCACAAUCCUCAAACUGUUAUGAACUACACUUCUACUUUCAGUCCUAUCAUGGACCAGAGCAUUACGUCAGACGCCUUUAAUGACUGGUUGUCUAGCACUAACACCGCCAUUGUUAGAACCUCUAUUACAAACAGUGUGAAGGACCAUACCUCUCCAUCCCAGAUACUGUCACUGACUGGAUUCUGACACUAUUAUGAGCCAGGCCUUUUAUAGCAGACAUUGGGAUAAACAAGACCUCAGUCAUUACCUACAAAGUAAACCUGUGUUUACAAAGAUAUUCAUCCCAUAAAUACACAGCUCUAAUACCAGGUUAUUAUUUUAUUAAUGCUGUUAGUUAUGGUAGGGAACAUGAAUUUCUGCUGUAACAUUUCACGUCCUACGUCAGAAUGCAAAUCAGCGUUUUCACUGCCAUGGAUGGAGAAGGAAUCAUUCUGCCUUUGGCUCAGUAUUGAUAUUUGAAGGAACAUCGCCUCUAACACCACCCUGAUAGAACAUUGCAGGCACCUACUGCCCUCUGUAUAAAAACUGAUGUCACCCCCGAUUGAUAUUUCCAAGGGCUUACCCUCACACUGAACUUAAUACCCCUCCACUGGGCUAGCUGACACAGUUGAUCUUCACCACCCUGUCACUGAGCCAGUUUCUUAAUACCAUGUCAGUGAAUUUAUCUUUAAUACCCUGACUUUGGAUUCACCCUUGACUUUGAAAAGUCACGUCACUCUGCUGUUACUAAGCAUGUUUCUUGAUACUCUACCCCGGCCUCAUCACUAGCAUUUUGGCAUGAACUUGCUGACUGACAUGAGAACAUGGCAUGAAUUUGCACUCUGCAGCCCAAGCACGAACUUAGUGGAUCAUCAGCUCCAGUCAUAACUACGUCACCACACCAUUGCAAUGUGAACUAAGUUACAAUGUAUAUCUUGAUUGUACUCUCCAUUAAUUGUAUUACCUUUUAUGUAACCACUUUAUAGUUAUAGUGAUCUGUACUAAUUAUAAUCAGUAACCGAGAGACUGGUUGAUAUAAGCAAUUAAAAUGCUUUGCAUU